ACAGUUGGAAAAGUAUUUUUAUUACACGUAGUAUUGUUUCAGUUUGUGAAAUACCCGCGCCGAGCCGGUCGCGUUGCGAAAUGAUUAAUUCUUCAAUUUGCUUACGACAUUAAACCUACCAAACCAAUAAUGUAGAUAGGUACUUAUUUCAUACAUAUUGAUACUUAUGAUAAUAAUAAAUGUAUAUCUUGAUGAGAUGUGUAUGUGAGUUGUUAGUUAUUAUCGAGUGAGCCUCGCAGUGAUCAUGUACGACUUGAAGGACAAAGUAGUGGUUGUGACAGGGGCGUCUAAUGGCAUCGGAGCCAAUUUUGUUAGAGAAAUUCUCGAGGAAGGUGUCAAGCACGUAAGACUACUAGAUAUAGACAAGAAGACUGGUAAUGCUCUACAAGAUGAAUUAAGACAAAAAUAUGGAAAGAAUAAAGUAAAAUUUGUCAAAUGUGACGUCACAAACGAUGAGCAGUUCUUCAAAGCUUUAGAAGAUGCUAAAAAGGAUAAUGGUUACUUAGACCUUCUAGUCAAUAACGCUGGAGUGGCUGAUGAAGGUAAUUUAGCCAAGAUACGGAAACUGAUUGAAAUUAAUAUUACAGCAUUAAUAAACGGGACUCUCAAAGCUAUUGAGCUGAUGCGUAAAGAUAAGGGAGGAAGAGGAGGUACUAUCAUUAAUGUGUCCUCAAUCGGUGGACUGAUUCAGGUCUCGCCUAUGUUUACCUACUCGACGUCAAAGCGCGCUGUCUUGCAGUUUACAACUUGUGUUGGACGCUUUCCCUGUGAGAAUACUGAUGUGAGAGUCAUGGCUGUGUGCGUUGGUGUCACAGAAACAGCUAUAUUACAAAAACUUACAUGCUUCACUAAGGAAAUGAAUGUGGAAGCGGAAAAAAUAUUGUCAGGACAUCCGAUGCAAAGUGCUAAAUCAGUUGCCCGUGGUAUGGUUGAAAUGUACCAGAAGGGAGGACCAGCUUCCAUUUGGCUGGUACGAGCAGACCGACCAGCCCAGGAGAUCACUGCGGAGCUGAACAAGGCUGAUGAGGAAAUGGAAGCGAUCAUUAGAAAAAUCGAUUAGUAGAAAUUAUUAUUGAAAUCAGUUUAUGUUUAAUACCCUUAUUUGCUGUGUUCUCUAUUUCAUUGUGUGAUAUUUUAACGCUUGAUAUUAAUAAAGAUUUUGAUAAAUUGGCUCAAUCAAACUGUAUAGUUUU